AUGAGAACAACAGAAAUUAAAACCCUUUUUUUUAGCGACAAAAAAGACUUUAAAUUUGAUUUCGAAGAUUUUGUUAAAAAUGAAUUGGGAGUUGGGGUCCAAAAACCUUUUCCCCAAAGAGAAAUUUGUCAAGAUUAUGUACGUGGUGUAUGUCAUCGCGGAACGUCAUGUCGUUAUGAACAUAUUAUAAAGAAAUUUAUAGUUUGCAAACAUUGGUUACGUGGUUUAUGUAUGAAAGGUGAUGAACAAUGCGAAUAUUUACACGAAUAUAAAUUAUCAAGAAUGCCAAAGUGUAUUUAUUUUAAUUUGUUUGGAGUUUGUCAAAAUGCAAAUUGCAUUUAUUCUCAUAUUGAGAAAGAUCAUGAAAUUUGCGGUGAUUAUGAAUGUGGAUUUUGCAAACACGGUCCCGAUUGCCUUAAAAAACAUGUAAAAAAAGUUUUAUGCGAAUCUUACUUUAUGGGAUUUUGUCUAAAAGGACCAAAAUGUUCUGAUGGACAUCCGAAAAUUGAUUUACGAAAAUUAAAAAAUUUAACAAAAUCUUCAAAUGAAUCGGUAAUCAAGAUCGGGAAAAGACAACAAAAUUGUUUAUAUCAGUAUCAGCAACAACAAAAUUCAUAUCAACGACGUAAAUUUUUUCCAUAUAUAAAAAAUCACGAUGCUACUUGUUUUAAAUGUGGACUAGUGGGACAUGCUACACGACGUUGUCGUAAAAAAUAA